AUGGCUGUGUUGCGAGCCGAGUUUUACCAGCGCGUGAAGCAGCAAGAGCUGGAGGAGGGCGGAGGAACCCGGUCCUUCGUCGAGGACCCUCCUUCUUGUCUUCCGCAGAGCCUGUCCUCGUCCCCGUCCUCCUCCUCUCGCGUGAGUCACUUGGCGGCGACGGACACCUCAUCAUCCUCGUCAUUUUCAUUCGCUACCAGCUCGCCCAGCAGACGCAUGAAGGCGUCGGAGGAGGAAGCUGCGUUGCUGAAAAUGCUCGAAGUCGCUGACAACAUCCUCGCGGAGAAACGUCGACAACGCCAGCAGCAGCAGCAGCAACAGCAGCCCCAACCGCAACCACGUGCGGUUGCGUUUUAUGACACGGCGAAAAAGACCGCUGUCUCCCCUCCUCCGACCUCUGCGAUGCCUUCACAGGGUAAGCGCUUGUAUGCCCCGCCCUCGCCAACGGCUUCUUCCCAAGUCACGCAACUCUCUCGGCGAGAUCGGGAGGAGGAAAGCGAAGCCAAAGGAAUCGUCAACGCGGAAGAAGACUUGGAGAAACCGCCGCCACCACCACCACUACCGUCGUCGUCAUCGGCGCAUCAUGGGAGGCCCCAGAAAAAGCAAACACGUGCGAAGAAAGAAAACGCGCUGGACCCUGUGGCAAGUAGCCGCCGCAGCUCUGUCACGCCGCCACCGCGGUCGGUACUCGCGUACAUUAACAGUAGAAAGGAAGACGAGAAGGAGAGGGCGCUGGAGUUUGCGCCGCAUCCGAGCCAACGGGAGCACGAUCACUUUCCUGAACCCCCUCGCGCGCUGUCGCCCGCUGAAGUUCGUCUUGACAGCGAAGAACAGCAGCAGCAGCAGCCGGUGGAGGCCCAACCCCUCACGGACGGCGAGAACGGAGGGGAGAUGAACACGGGCGAAAAAGAAUCGACACCGACGGCCGAAGACGACGACGGAGAAGGCGAGGAGGCGGUGUUGGAAGAUGCGCCUCGUUUUGCCCAUUCCUGCUCCGCGCCGGACUCGCAUGUGGACAGUCGGGCACCGAGUCCGCUAGCGCCUGACAUGGCCGUGCACGCGCUGCGUAGCGUGGAGCCGACCACGUCAGGCAGCCACUCUUCGUCAACCACCGCAUCUCUUGUGGAAACGUUUGAUUCAUUGCUCGACGACGGCGACAAGGAAAAGCGCAACGCAAAGGUGAAGGAGAAGGAAGGAGAAGAAGCGAUAAAAACGCUCUUCUGUGAGGCGGAGACAGCGAGCAGCGUGGAGAAGCCAGAGGUUCGUGCAACAGCUGAUGACACGACCGCUUCAGCUCUCCAAUCAUCCAAGAGUGCAGUCGACGCCCACACCGCUUCAAAUGAAGACAACGACGGCGACGACGCGGAAAAGGACGACUGUGAGCAAGCGCAUGGCAACAAGGAAAAGGAAGACUCGCGUGGCAGUCAUGCGCGCAGCGACGCGCCUUGCCCUUCCACCGAAACAGCAAAGUCAAAUGAAGCAAAGGCCGCCGCCAAGAGGCCGCCGAGCACUUCCUCUUCCUUUUCCUUUUCCUCCACCUCAACCCCCGCAGAUUUCAAAGAAGACAGUGAGGAGACGGAGAGAAAGCAGGCGGACUCCGAUGAAGAGGUCGAAUUCAGCUUCGGCGGCAGCGGCAACAACAGCGUUGACGGCAAAGGUGAGGAGGAGGAAAAGACACCACAACCGACGGCUCCCGAGGUCGCUGAGCCUUGUGCCGCUACUGCCGCGUCAUCGACGUCUUCCUCGUCAAGUCAUCCACCCACCGAGACCGAGAAGCGCGACGACGCGGCCGCUGAAACUGUCGCGGAGGCUCCUGAGGCCUUCACGGGUCAAAUUGCCGUAGAGGGGACGGAGAUGCACAAGACAGACGAAGAAACGACUGCUUUUACCCGUUCUACCGCUGCUGCGGUGGAGAAGGAAGAGGAGAAAGUAGAGGAAGAGGAGGAGGACCUGAAAAACGCAAGCGAUGCGGUUGACGAAGGACCACAGCCCGAGAAUGACUGGGAGAACGCAGCGGAAAGCAUCCACACUGAGGAUGACGACGUGGAACCGCAAUCGUCGCCGCCGCCGUUGCCCGUCGCAACGCCCGUGGAGGAGAAGGAGGAAGGCGAAGUCGACCACCUUGAUGGCGCUGUAAGGUCAGAAGACGCCGCUCUUGCUGCUUCUUCAGCAGUAGACGAGAACAACUCGGGGGAACACAACGCAGGUAAGGAGAACAUUACAAACGCGGAGGAAACCGAAGGAAAGAGAGGAGAAGAGCGGGAGGACGACGACGGCCACGGCGGCAAGGACAUCACUGCACACCGCAGCGAAAACACGAGCCCAGCCACGCCGGUAGCAGCGGCAGCAGCAGCAAAACUCUCACCUUCUUCCAUCCCUUCUGCGAGGUUCGAUUCGGCAGGCAACGACGUCCCUCGCGGCGGCAGCAACAGCAGCACCGAUGAAAAACGCGUGCGAUGGGCGCAGGAGCUGUGUCAGGAAGUCUCCGUCCCGCCCCGCGCUGCUCUUUCAACGAACGAAAGGGAAGACGAGGAGUCAGAGGAAGAGGAGGAGGACGAGGAGUGCUUCGAGGUUUGCACGCCGCCCAGCGCGGUCGCGGUAUUGCCUCAGCCGCUGGAACGGUGCCCAAACAACGACGCAGACGCGGCGUCGCCAGAGCCGCGUGGACCUGGCGCUCCAUCGUCUGGUUCGCCUUUGCCACUCGACAACGCAGAAGAAGCAGCAGAGGCCGAACUGGUUGAAGAAGCGCGCGGAUCGCCGGCGCCGAAGCCAGUAGAUGAACGCAACGCGAACGGUGACCGCUGUGAGACGGCAGGCGCCGCCGCCGCCGCCGUUUCGUCGACUCGAAUGGAGGCGGAAGGAGUGAAAGAGGAAGCGGCCGCGUCCGCUUCCUCGACGCGAUCGCCGUCGAAUGGCUCGCAUGUUUGCCAGCUGGACGCAGAGGCUUUCUUGGAACGCCUCAACGGUCUAGAGGCGCUCCUCCUUCACCGCUUCCCACAGUACUUUGCCCUGGCACCCAGCUCCUCCUCCGCGGACGCGACCUCGUCCGUUUGCGGCGAGCAGGACGCGCUCUCUGUCGCCGAGGCCUUCACGCCGUCGGUCCGCGGGUCCUCCUCCUCCGCCGCCGCUCCUCGCCCUUUGCCCUCAUUUUCGCGAACGCCGACGGAGCAGCUGGCACCCGAGCUGAUUGUUCGCAAACCAACGUACGCGCCUCCGCAGCUCACGGCUCCCCUCGCUUCCUCCUCUUACAGUCGUGCGGUGCAGCCGCGCGGGAUGGACGCGCUGACGCCUCUCUGCACGUAUGACGGGGACAACGGCAGCGACUGUGAGGCGGUGGGCUUUCUUCCCACUGCAGAAGGUGCGAGCCCGCACAACAACAUGAGCCUCUUCCAGAUGCAGGAGCAGCGAGCGCUGGGCUGGUCGCCGGCGAAAAUUCCUCCCCUUUCCUCCUUCGCGAGGGACUCGUCGGGCUCUCUGGUCGGCGACGCCGGGAGCCGAUCGUCCCGCAGACGUUACAGCGCUGGGAACUGA